GCCUCAGGGCAGAGGCAGGGAACGAGCAGGCGAGCCAAUGAGAAGGAGACAUCCACUCCUCUCUGUCCUGCCCGGCUUGGCUCAGUUCGGCGCGCCCUGUAAUUAGGAGCUCUAGUUGGGUUGGGCGCCGCCACGGUGGACAGCCUGGCUGCUGCGUCAAGGGAGUUUGGGAACGCAAGCUUCAGACUGUGUGAGGAGUUUCUAAACAGUCCUGCUUCGGAGCUCACAGCAAACCCGAUCGGAGACGACAACAGCGAGAUAAACGCCUGAAAAUGAACGGGCAGUCCUCACCUGUCUUCGAGGAGAAGAAGCCCUCCAUCCCCGUGGCCGGUGGCUCCAUCUCGGCUUCCAAGGAUUCCCCGACCAUGCCGGAGUCCUCCUCCACAGAUAUGGGCUUCUAUAGCGGCCAGAGCGCGCUCCACGGCUCGCAGGAUUUCUACCCGGCACAGCAGCCGUACUCCGCUCAGCACAUGAACCCGUACGCAUACCACCACUACAGCCUGAACGGGAUGGGUCCCGGCGGUGCCUACCCCGUUGGGAAGGCAGAGUACCCUUACCCCCAUGCAGCGUACAGGGAGCACGGAGCAUUCAACAGAGAGGUUCAGCCAAGUCUGCAGGACAGCGUGAAAGAAGAACCAGACAUGGAAGUUAGGCUGGUCAACGGGAAGCCAAAGAAGGUACGCAAGCCCCGGACCAUCUACUCCAGCUACCAGCUGGCAGUUCUGCAGAGGAGAUUCCAGACAGCCCAGUAUCUGGCCCUGCCAGAGCGGGCCGAGCUGGCCGCACAGCUGGGCCUCACACAGACGCAGGUCAAAAUCUGGUUCCAGAACCGUCGCUCAAAGUUUAAGAAGCUCUACAAGAACGGGGAGUUUCCGCUCGGUGAUAUUCCUCUUGAACACAGUCCGGAUGCCAGCGAUUCCAUGGCCUGCAACUCUCCUCCAUCCCCAGCUGUGUGGGAAAACAACAACAGCAGCAACGGUAACAAUAACAGCAGCAACCACAGCAGCGGGAGCGGCAACAACCCAAACGUCAGCAACGGUAGCAUCAAAAAUAGUGCAAUGCUGGAUCCUACCAGUAGGGGGCAGGUUCCCUAUCAGCCUCCGGUGGAUUCUUCACCCGCCUAUAUGGGGGAGUACACACACCAGAACUGGUACCAACAGCAGGGUGCACACUUAGGUCUCGCACAGUCAGGCCAAGUGCACCACGCGCCACCAACUGCUCCGUCGGCCACACAGAGUAUGGGAGCCGUCUACUGAUGUAGAAAAAUGGACAACAUUUCGACUGGAGUCCCGGGCUUCACCUGGGGCUUUUUUUUUGGAUGAUUCUGAGCUGUGCUGUGUGCAGAAACACCUGACAGUGAUCAUCAAAUACAAGUCAUAACUGCAAAAACCCAAAACACAUGUUGUCACACAGGCUGCAAAUGUGGAUUGAAAACAAGUGUCGGCCUCAUUUACCCUCCACCACUCACAAGGUGAACUCACAACACUGUGGGAGACCGGGGUGAUUAGAGUGGGUUUUUUAGUGCAGAGAUAUUUGAUAUCACUGAUAACAGUUCAUGUUUUGUUUAUAAAUAUUUGAAUUAUGAAUAUAUUUAUGCAGAAAAAUAUAGAAAUGCUCAGUAUUUCCCUCACACGUUUCUUCUUUCUGUAAGGGACCAGAGUUAGACAGACUUAAACUGCACUCCUCCACUAAAACUGGUAAUACUACUGAAAGUCGCCCAUCAAAAGAAAGCCUUCCACGCUAUUUCAGCGCAGGGCUUGGAAUUUAUAUAAAUAAGAAUAUGACAGCUUGAUGACCAUAACACCCAUAACAUAUUAACACAAGAGCCUAACCAGAGGAGAAAAAUUACCAGCAUGUAAUUUCACAUUUGCUGGAAUGAAACUUGUUUUCCUCUGUGGAACAACAAAGCGGACUUAGCAACACAAGCAAACAGGUGGUUUUGGUUUGUGUGGAAGUGAAGAGAAAAGCUUGUGCUCUCAGUUUAGAGGUUUGGCUUAGACUAAAAGUGAUUCCCCCCCUUCAGAUAGAGCCACACUUCUUGUUCCAGUAUUUACACUAAGGGUUAGGCAGGUUAACCAGCUGCUGGUUGUAGCUACAAAGUUAGCAUUUGAACAUGAGUAUAAGCAGUGUAAUAAACUCAUCUCUGGGGCUAGUGGCUAAAAGCCAGAAUAGCUGCUUCUAGCCAAUUACGCCAGAACCUUUAUGCCUUUUGUCCUUUGAUAGUUGCGCUAUCAUAUAGCCACUGUAAGACAUUAUAUAGUUGGUUAGAAACAAAGCUAAACUAGCUGAAAAAUGUUUUAAAAACACUUAAAGAUGCUCUUUUAAAAAGCAUCUCGUAUUCAGUUCGCCCCAUAAUUUCAGUGCAUGGCAUGAUGCACUCUGCCAUAUUGGAUGUGAAAUCUAUAUAAUCCCCAUCUGGCAGUCAACAGGUGAAAUUGGUCACAAAUGGGGCGCUGCAUCAAAAACCACUUGUAAUUGCUCCGAUCACUAGCAGAGUGCCGCAACUGCCUGUAGUUUGCAUAGGAGACAUGGACUUCUUUGCAAAUCAUCCAUGGGAUAAAAGAUGGUGUAGCUACUGUGAUGCUACCUGUUGGUUUCUGAACUGCCUCGCUAGGCUUCAGCCUUGAGGUGAAUGUUUCUGCCAUUGCCGUCUUGGCGGCAAGAAACUGAAUGUGAGAAGAAGGGGUUAGCGAGGGGAAAAUACCAGGGUUAAUCCUCAGUUUUGAAACAUGGUAUGAUGAAACAGGAUUUUGUUUUUUCCAAAAUAGCUCUUAACUCAGGAUGACCCAAACUAAGUGACUCAGACAAUGAACUCAGCAGGAAAUUGUUUACAGAGGCUAAGUUAGAAAACGUUUUUGGAACAACAGCUAUCACCAUCUAGUGGCCUAGAUAGGAUUAAGGUACAUCUGCACUGGCUUUAUUUUUCUGACCCGCAAGCUAUGUCAACUUUCUUUUGCUAUUUGUGCACAUACUUGAUAACUACUUUCCAAGUCAACUACUUGACAAGUAGUUAUCAAACCUUAAAAAAGGGUGAUACAAUCCACAAAUGGAAAAUAUUUAGCUUCACAGUAAAGGCUAUGUCAGUACUGCAGCCAUCACAUUUGAAAAGGCAGUUUUUACUAUGAAGGCAAAUGUUCUCUACUUUGGUGGUUUGCGUCACCCCUUUUCAGUUUUCCUUACUGCUAAACUAGUAGUUAGUGAGUGUUUGCUGAGAAGUCGUCCAAACAAACUAUGGGCGAACAUGCUAAUCUGCUAGCAAUCAAUGCAAUUACAAGGAGGCGUUUUGUGCUGCACCAUAUACUUCUUUGCGAUCAAUUUCACCUUAGGCGUGCCAGCAACCAUUUGCCAGCUGGUGGAGGGUGGUUACCAGGGGGUCAGUAACCAGUCUCUUGGGGUCUGGGGCCUUAAGCUUUAUUUAGAUUUUUGCAUUCAUUCUAUAGAAAGUCUGUGAUCUAGCCUACGCAUUUAUAACUGUGUGUAGUGAGCCUUUGUUGCUCUGCAGUACCACUGCCAAAACAUUAUUUGGAAGUAGAGUUUCUCUCCUCAAGUUGAUCCAUUUUAUUUCAGUCAAUUUAAAAAAUUACGACAGAAGAGAAAGUAGCUGGAAGCACAGAGGAGGAAUCGGUGAUACUGCUCUUAAGUGUCAGUGCAGGUGGUGCUGAUCCGAAACAUAGUUGUAUUUAUAAGGAAGUACACAUCAGAUUAUGGCGUAAGCUGCGGUGUGGGGUUUCAAAAAGUUUAUAAGAACAUAUAAGUAGAACUAAUCUAAGUUAAGCUAGGCUAAGCUAACUAGCUGCUAACUGUUUCUACACAGUGAACACAUAUACUUGAGCGGAGUUCGACUCCUCUGCUAGAAUCCUCCACUCCUGGUCACAGAAUAUGCGUUGCAUAUCCAAAGACAGACAUAUUAUUCAGUUAAUCUGUUUUUAAUAAUAAAUGCCUCCAACAGGGAUUUGGUGCACAGCUACAAAAAGUUGAAGGGCAGCUGAGCCUGAGCCAAGCUGUAAAAAUGCUAAUGCUUAAAAUGCAACCUAAAAGUGCCAUAAUUCAUCACAUUGUAGUGUAAAUUCCCACAUCUUUUAAACAUCAUGCCCAGACUUUCUUUGAAUCUUCAACCGAGAUAACCCUGAUUAUAUCACUUUAGUUGUUUCCUCACACUUUUAAAGCCUUUCGGUCUUUUUGCUAGCUCAGUAGUACUUUUUUUUAUUUUAAAAAACAAAGCAAAACAAAAACCCCUGUCCUUUCACUUCCUAGCAAGUUGGUGCUAAAACAUUUUAAAAACAAGUUGUUUAUAAUCUUUCAACAAGUGUGCUGUGCUCAGGUUUUUUAUUUAUAGUGUCAAGUAUAGAUAUGAAGUAGCACAACAGUUUGUGCCUUUGGAGCUUUUUUUUCUGUAAAGUUGAAAAAGCAAAGCAAAAAUAAAAUGUACUAUUUUGUGUAUUUCAA